GGAUUUGAGAGAGCCACCGCGUGCAGCAGCACACUAAGCACUCAGCGCCCGGCACCCUUUAGCAGCAUGACAUAGGGACCAAACUACCAUCUCAGGUUUCAUCUCCACAUCUUGACCCUGUUGAACCAAUCUCCUUGUCACCACCAGCUGGAGAGAGAGAGAGAUCAAGAGAGCGCGAAGUGGAGGAGGUGGAAAACCCGCAGCAGCCGUAGCAGCAGCAGCAACGAGGCACGGCCGGAGCCGCGGCUGUUGACUCUGUGCCAGCAGCAGCAGGAGAGAGAAGCAGUCGACGGCACCACACCAUGGAACAGCUCAAGCAUUUUUUGGGUGAACUGUCCGCACGAACCGUGUCUCUACGGCAUCAACGGCGACUGACGUUUGCUUCCGAGGUGGAGGAGUUGGAAUACGAAGAGGCGCUGGCAAUCUCCCUGGUGUGCUUCUUCCUGAGCAUGGUGGCCUUCUCGUCCGUCUACAGCAUGUGCAAGGCGCGGAGAGCGAGGGAAGGGAUGGGAUACCGGGAGGUGCAGCGACCAGAGAACUCGUUCGAGAUGAUGUCGCUCGGCGGAAGGGACGGCGUUUCGAUGGUCCUGCCCCAGGGAUACUAGGACGAGAGAGACAGGCAGACAACACGCAAGGGACAAGAGAGAAAAAGGGACAGGCACAGAGAGACAGAGAGGGAUGCUGCUGUUGGGGGGUGAAGGCGAAGGCCUUGCCUACGUUUUUUCCGGCUGUGCAACCGUGGGGUGUGGUUGGGAAAGAGGCUGUUGCCGUCGCAGUGGGUUUAGCCACAGGCUUGCUUGCUAGGCUUGGUUGCUUGGUUGGGAAAACCGGGGGUGUAGGUGAGGACCGGGGACGUUCACGUUUGCGAAACGUCUCGAGGUGCCAUUCGAGCGUUGGCCGCGCAUUUCGUUUUCGAAAACGGAGCAUCUUGAGAGAGAUCCCUUGACACGGGCGUGGUGCUCCCUGUGGCUCCGCGAAAUCGGGCGGGGAGAAUUGGAAAGGGUGUGGUGCUGUGCUCGUGCCCUCCCGUGCGGUCUACCGAAUGUCGGGGUGUGCCGUGGCGGCGGCGGAAGCGCCGUUGCCUGUUGGUCGAUUGAUAUAUAUGCGUCAGGGCUACUCUUCCGCCAACCUCGAAAUGCGUAGCACCGGCAAUGGAUGAACGGAGAAACCAGGGUGUGAACGUGAGGAGGGCAAGAAAAUGUAAUUUGAAGGUCUUUGACGUGAUUUAGUUUUCGCGGAUCAGCCUCCUGGGUAGAAGGCGGCGUUCAUCGGGAACCGCUUCGCCGCGGCCACCGCUGCUAUGGUGUGCUUUAUUUUCUCCUUGCCGUGUGUCCCCUUCCACUACGCUCGUUUGGUUCGUCGGCGCACGGCCGCGUAUUGUGCGCUUGUGGUUGGUUGUAUGCCACGAGGCCUUCCGGGUUUCGUCCCCGUCUCUUUCGUUUGUUUGGUCGACCUCGGUUCGCGGUUUGGGCAAACACCCACCUGCGAGUCCAACAUGUACAGGACCCUCGAAGGCCACGAGGGUCCCGGUACACAUCGAGGAACACUUGCUCAGUGUGCAGACGGAAGGACGGAACAUCUCUCUGGAAGUACUCUAGCGUUACGGAAGUAUCAUUCGUGUAAUGCGAGUUGAGGAAAAGGCAUGCAGUUUUCUGAUUGGUAACAAAAAAAUUGCGGCGCAGCUGUUUUUCGGAGGUGACCGAAGAUCCUCGGGAAUUUGGUCUGUGGUGUCGAAGUGUUGCCCGCGCCGAGUUUUUGACAAUCCAACCUUUUGUGCUUGUUUCCAUUCUUGCGACCUCGUGCCCAGACUGGUUUGGACAAGUGAUGCAUCUGCGUGACUCCCCUGCGUAACGCCUACGGAGCUCGUGUUGUGAUGAUUUUAGUUGUCAUGUUGGUUGUCUCGAUUGUUUUUAUUAUUUUGUAGUUUGUUAUGAUCGUGUUAGCAAGCGAUGCGGCGCCGAGAGCGUUGAUCGGUGUUCUCGUUGCGAGACUUUUGGCAUGGUGCACCCCCCCCGCCCAAGGUUUGGUGUCAUUUUGUGGCUCGUUCCCUCUUUGGUCCUGUCUACUUCUUAGCGGCGGGUUGUACUACAUUCAUUUUUUGUGUUUCUCCUUAACUUUAAAUGUAUCAGGUAAACAACAACAAACCAUCACAGAAGGGCAACUACCCAAUGGCGAGGGAUUAUUCUCUUUGAGCUUGUUCGCGUUGACCUGCCCUCUAUUUGGCAAGAAAAGAGGUCUACUGCCAGACAGUCGCCACGAAAACUGCGGUCGGCGUAACGUGUGCACCACGGCAAGGGUGCGAGCGGU